UCCAAUCCUUCUCAUCGUCGAUGAGCGCAACCAUCGUCUCCUUCUCCGCUGCUUCGAUUCCUCCUUUCUCUGCUGCUGAUCAUUGAUCAUUGAUCAUUGUUGUGAUUCUUAGGUUUCGCUGACGCCAGCCAUGUCGGUUAUGACUGUAAAGGUCAGCAAUGUUUCACUUGGUGCCUCUGAGCAGGAUUUAAAGGAAUUUUUUUCUUUCUCUGGUGAUAUUGAAUAUGUUGAAAUGAAAAGUGGCGACGAGUGGUCUCAAGUUGCAUAUGUAACCUUCAAAGAUUCACAGGGAGCAGAGACUGCUGCUCUUCUUUCGGGUGCAACCAUAGUUGAUCUCUCUGUCAUCAUUGAACCAGCUGCAGACUACCAGCUUCCACCUGCUGCUUCAGCUCCUUCCUUGCCCAGAGAUGCAAAACCGGCCACUGAAUCUGCUUUGCAAAAGGCAGAAGAUGUUGUCAGCGGUAUGCUUGCAAAAGGCUUCAUCCUGGGCAAAGAUGCUGUUAACAAGGCGAAAUCUUUCGACGAGAAGCAUCAAUUCACAUCAACAGCCACAGCCAAGGUUGCAUCUUUCGACAAAAAGAUUGGGCUAAGUGAGAAGGUAACCAUGGGUGCUUCAGCUGUGAAUGAGAAGGUCAAGGAAAUGGACCAGAAAUUCCAGGUCUCCGAAAAGACCAAGUCCGCUUUUGCCGCUGCUGAGCAGAAGAUGAGCAGCGCUGGAUCAGCCAUUCUCAAAAACAGGUACGUGUUCACCGGAGCCUCAUGGGUGACUGGUGCAUUCAACAAGGUCACAAAGGCGGCAACUGACGUCGGAUCAAAAACAAAGGAAAAGGUGCUCUCAGAGGAGCAAAAAGGACUGGAAGAUGAAUUCUCUCAAGUUCAUCUCUCUGAUUCUAAAAAACCAGCUGCUCCUGGUGAUGAGCAUCCUUCUAAACCUGCACCCGCCCAAGGAUUGAUUCUUUAGCCUUUCUUUUAGUAUUAUACCAUGUGCUUCUAGAUUCAGGAAUUGUUUGUUGUUUGUUGUUUGUAGUCGUUUGAGUAUAUAUUAACUUUGUUUGUUGUGUUGUUUUACUGGUAAUUUAUGCUGCAGACCUUGUUUACACAGACCCUUAAGUUGAAAAUCAAGGGUUUUUAUGUAUUUUUAUUAAA